CUGUACCACGCCUGCACCGUGCCUCCCCGCAGCCCAUUUCCACGUGUGACGUUGGGGCAGACCACCCGCUUCGACCGAGGACGAUCUUGCUGUUUGCUACCCAGAGCAUAGGGACUACUAUCGCACUACCCGCAAGGCCAAGCGCAUGACGUGCUGUCAUUGAUGAGCACAUUCCGGGAACCUGUCUUUAAAGCCGCAACAUGUGGGCCGAAAUUAAUGGUGAGCGCAAGAAGGUCGCCUGCGGCCCCUGCAUCCGAGGCCACCGCUCCUCUAAAUGUGAUCAUCGAGAUCGCGUGCUGGUUGAAGUCCGUAAGCCUGGCCGGCCCUUGAGCAGCUGUCCACACCCAAGCGGCGCCUGCAGCUGUGAACGAGUAGUCAUCAAUUAUACGAUCCCCAAAUCCUCAGAGUGUGCCUGUCCAUCGGACCAGACCCACACCUCUUCCUCUGUCGCUGGGAAUAGCAACAGGGUACAGAAAAGUCGAACAAAGAAAGCAACGAACAGCUUCACCUCAGCGUCCCUGGAGAAAGCUAUUAAAGCGACCCACGAUGCCGAGCCUGACCACUCAUCCCUUCUUACUCGAACGCCCACAAACCCCUCCAUUGCUCCUUCAGACCACAGCACUAGCAAUGGAGCAUCGCCCCCUUCCAGCGCGAGCUCAACCCCUCGGAUACAACCCUCGUCAUCUCGCAAGCAAAGCUACAGCUCUGAUUUCCAAACGCCUGACUCGUUGGCUCGACCACUAACUGCACAUUCUCAAGAAGGCUCAUCAUGCUGCAAGCCGAAGCCCCCUUAUCUCGAGUAUGUCUCUACCCAGCCACAGAAAACGCGUGGAAAUUGUUGUGGCGGAAAUUCAAUGGAGCCACCGAAACCAGUGCCCCCGAAGAAAUCUUGCUGCUCAGGACAUAGUCAGCCCAAUCAGGACACUUUAUUUGCGCAGAUGAGCGACUCGCAGAACGUCUCCCAGAACUUUGGAAGCUAUGGGCAACACCAACAACAGAAUCAAUUGAAAUUCACCCCGCACGGCUCCGUGGACCCAGGUUAUAACUACCUGCCAGGUGUUUCUAGACAAGUCCCAGGCAAUAUGGGCAUGGGCUUACCAAUGGGGUUCAACAUGCCAAUAUAUAAUCACCUUGCGUCGGUGUACCAGCAGUCUCCAUCGAUGCACAUGCCGCGGGCAGAGGAACACCGAAGCCAGGUUGGUAGGCAUGGUACAGAACACAAUUGCCACUGUGGAGAUUCCUGUAGUUGCUUUGGCUGCGCAGCCCAUCCGAGCAACGCCACCAUGACCGAAUACAUCAGGCUGAUGCAUCAGUACAUGAGCACAGGUAGAUUCGGGGCUCUGCCGCCACCAACCUACGAUCUGCCAACCUACCCUCAUCACCCCGGCUACGGAGCAGAAACACCACAACAGAUGCAAUACAUUCCACAGCCAACGCCAGUUGACUUCUCGGGCUUCCAAACGACUGUGUCCCCUAUGAUGAAUGUCCCCGCCCCAUCUGUGAAUGUUUCAGCACCAUGGCAGCAGGGCAGCAUUCAAGCUCCAACCCAUAUUCCACAUAUACCCCCAAGGAAUGACCACCACUUCUUCAGCGCGGCUAAAGAGCCUCAAGAGAACUUGGACCUAGAUACAGCACCAAGCCCAACUUUCGUCGAUAGCCCGAGUGAUGGAAAAGAUGACGAGACGUCAACUCUGUCACCUUCUUCGUACCUGUGGCAAGAGCUUGUCAUUCCUGGUUGCAAUGACGAUACGGGAACCUGUCAAUGUGGCGACGGCUGCGAGUGUGUCGGGUGCUUAACCCAUGGUGGCCACAAUGGCGUUACUCUGGAGACGACUCCUACAAUCCAAGAAGAUGGGUUUUCUCAGGCUCUCACCAGCCCUAUUGUUGGCGGCAGUGGCGGUAACCGAGAUCAAUUCAUCCCUGGCGCAUUUACCGAGGCUCCCACUUGAGGUUACGUUGAAUCAUUCAAUUAUAUGGUUCCGACAUUUCGCCCAUGUGGGGAAUUAUGAAUAUUUCAUGCAAUCAUGCCUGUUUAGACGGCUAAUUGCCUCUGAACAUGCAAUAUCUACUCAGUCACAGAAGCAGC